CUCGACACGAUGCCCUCCGCCAAGAUCUACUACGACGCUGACGCCAAUCUCGAUGUCCUCAAGGACAAGGUUAUCCUGUUCCUGGGGUUCGGAAACCAGGGUGCCGCUCAGGCGCAGAACCUGCGCGAUUCGGGCAUUCCAAAUGAGAAGAUCAUUGUCGCGAACCGUCCCGACCACUAUGCUGAGGAUGCCAAGUCCCGGGGCUUCAACGUCGACCAUGACUUCGCGAACGCAGCGAAGACCGCAGAUGUCGUCUUCCUGCUCAUCCCCGAUCAGGUCCAGCCGCGUGUCUUCAAUAACGAGGUGGCGCCCAAUCUGAAGGACAACGCCGUCAUUGUCGUCGCCAGCGGCUACAACGUAUUCUACAAGCUGCUGCAGUUCAAGCCUUCCCAGGAUGUCGUCAUGGUGGCUCCUCGGAUGAUCGGCUCGUCCGUGCGCAGUCUCUUCGAGAAGGGCAAGGGCUUCCCAUGCUUCGUCUCUGUUGAGCAGGAUGGUACCGGCAAGGCUCUCGAGAGCGCCCUCGCUCUGUCUCGUGCAAUUGGUGCGACGAAGGCUGGCGCUAUCGCUUCCUCGGCCCGUGAGGAGACCGCUAUGGACCUGUUCGCGGAGCAGGCGCUCUGGCCGAACAUCAUCAUGCUUUUCAGGGAGGCGUUCAGUGUGCUCAAGGAGGCCGGGUGCUCAGAUGAGGCUCUGUGCUACGAGAUGUGGAUGUCCAAGGAGCCGGCCGAGAUCUUCGAGCGCGCUGCAGAAGAAGGGUUCAUCCAGCAGCUCAAGCACCACUCUACGGUCUCCCAGUAUGGCCAGCUGAGCGGAGCUCUGGCUCUGGACGGUGCUGCUGCCAGGGAGCACUUCAAGCACAUUCUGAACAACCAGGUACUGAACGGCAAGUUCUGCCAAGAGUUCAGCAAGAUUGAGGACGACUUGGAGAAGGAGGGCGACGCGAACCCUCUCAACGUCUUGUACACGAAGUCGGAGGCUUCCGAGCUCGGUCAGGCUGAGAAGAGGGUGCGGGCGCGUCUCGCGGGACUUCUUUAGAGACAAGUGUGGCAUAGACGCAUCGUGUAGUAGACAUCAAAUACCCUCUGUAAAUGUAACCGAAUUGUUUUCCUCGC